GUAUCACUUUUGGGAGGUGCACGUGCACAAGCAAUAGAGUAGCAGCUAUACGCCAGGUUCCGCAGCAUUGGGAGUAUACCAAGUCGAGAGUUUCAGGUUCUAUUCGCGGGAAUUGGUACCUCCCGCCUCCUGGCAAGAAUGGAGUGGGCAUUUUGGUGGAUAGGGAGCUUAAGGAGUCGGUGGUAGAGGUUAGACGGGUGAAUGACAGAUUGAUGGUGAUUAAGGUAUUAGUUGGAGGGAGCUCUCUGAAUGCCAUUAGCGCUUACGCGCCGCAAACGGGCUUGGACGAGGAGGUUAAAAGACGCUUCUGGGAGGCGCUGGAUGAGGAUUUCAAUGGUCAUAUUGGGUCGUCUACUGGUGGCAAUGGUGAGGUGCACGGUGGCUUCGGCUUUGGUGAUAGGAACGGAGGUGUUACCUCACUAUUGGAUUUUGCUAGAGCUUUUGAGUUGGUGAUCGUGAACUCUGUGUUUCCGAAGAGGGAGGAACAUUUGGUUACUUUCCAGAGUAUGGUAGCUAAGACUCAGAUUAACUAUCUUCUUCUCAGGAGGUGUGAUAGGGGGUUGUGCGAGAAUUGCAAGGUGAUCCCGAGUGAGAACCUCGCAACUCAACAUAGGCUCCUAGUGAUAGAUGUCAGUAUCUUGAUGAAGAGGAAAAAGAGAUUUGUACGGGGUCAGUCGAGGAUCAGGUGGGGAGCUUUGUCGAAGGAUAAUGUGUAG